AUAUCCCAUCCGAGUUGUGAUAGAAAAUAUUUAUUUAAAACUGAAUUACAUUUGUUGAUGUACAAUAAUUAAUUUUUGUUGAAAUAUAAAACUAUAAUGCAGAGUCUAAAGGGUUUAUUGCCUUCAAGAAUUUUCGAAGUGCUAGAAAAAACUGGUAUUUCUUCUCAUAAACAAAUCAUUAUUUUGUCUAUGUGGGAUUUACAAAAAUUAACAAAUCUGUGUAAAGAUGACAUUUUAUUGUUAAAAAAUGUAAUUAGCAAUCAUGUAUGUCCCAAGAGUUAUACAUGUGAUACACUUUUAACUAAAAAUAAUUACCUCACAAAAGUUUCAACGGGAUGUUCAACAAUAGAUACAUUUUUAUAUGGGGGAUUCCGUAAAGGAACAAUAACAGAAUUAUAUGGAGAAAGUGGAUCUGGCAAGACACAAUUUGCUAUGCAAUCUGCAAUCCAUGCAUGGAAGGAUGGAUGUGUCUUUAUUUGUACAGAAGAUGUGUUUCCUAUUAAGCGUUUUGAACAAAUAAAAAUAAGUCUUCCUCAAUUCAAAUCAAAUGUUGACUAUGGUAAAAAUAUAUUUGUGGAACAAAUAACAGAGUCACAAGAUUUGCUAUCUUGUAUAAGAGUUCGUUUACCUAAAUUAUUAAAUAAAAAUAAAUUAUCCCUCAUUAUUAUAGAUUCAGUGGCAGGUCCAUUCAGAUCAGAGAAUACUAAUUAUAUACAGCGAGCUGAAGAACUAAGAGAGUUGGCUGCAUUGUUAAUAAUGUUAGCACAAGAAUACCAGUUAGCAGUCCUCUGUAUAAACCAAGUCACUGCAUCUUUUAAUGAGUCUAUAGAAGUACUGCCUACUUUAGGACUAGCAUGGUCCAAUAUGAUCUCUACCAGAUUAUGGUUAAAGAAAACUACAGAAGUAAUAAACUUAACAAAUACAAUGUUAUUUAGUAAUGAUACAAAAUAUGAUGUUUAUGUUAGGGAAUUAUCCACUGUAUUUGCUCCUGAUCUUCCUAACUCAGUUGUCAAGUUUAUAAUAACAGAAAAGGGCAUUUGUCCAUUAUAAUAGGUCUGUUUAGUUAAUUAAUAUCAAUUAAUAUACUUUAUAAAAUUGAAAAUCAACUUCUUUUUUCAAUGGAACUUGGAUUUCAAAUUCAAUGAAUUGGAGGAAAUGCAAUUAUCAGUAACAGAGUCUUAUUAAAUUGUUAGUAUCAUUAUCUCUUAUGAAUUUGUCAUAAUAAGCCACCUGGCCCUCUUUCAUCUUUACCUAUUAUUUUAUUAAUUCCCCGCUAGCAUAUACUUAUAUAAUUUAUCAGGAAUUAUGUUCCUAGACGAAUUAAUAAGCUAUUCUAUAAACAGCAGCACAAUAAUGAAAACUGAAUUUAUAAUAAUAUUUUAGUUCCUAAAUUUCUCCAUAGUACCAAAGGUCAUUUGCCUAUAAUUUUUGUAGUAUUUUAAUAGAACUUUAAAAAAAAUAACUAAGUUUUGUUGACAUGAUUACAAAAAUGUCCUAAAUCAAAUCAUUCAAUCAAUUUUUUUUUUAUUUGAACUGCUAUUGAACAUUAGUAGAUAUAUGGAAUCAAUAAUAAUAUAUGAUAGAAACAGACAGAUAAGAAGGUCAUUCACCUUCACAAAUAUCAACUCGAAAAGAAAUUGGUUGAAUUAUGAACAAAAUGCAUUCUAAUAAUGCGUAAUUAGUUUUAAAUAAAUGAAGUUUAUUGAAAUUAAGUGUGCAUAAACUGAAUGUAACAUAAAUUAAGAAAAAAACGACAAUAAAUAAUUAAAAUGCAUUUUAUUCAUUUGAAUCCAUAGAUAUAUGAAUAAAGGAGAUGCGUUAUGUAUAGAAAGCUAAUGAUACUCAUAUAGGAACGAACUGACCGAAUUUUUCGCAUACGCAUGCCGGCUACUUUCCGCGAAGGUUGUGAGAAAAACUCCGCUACAUUUCCAAAUAAUUUUUUAUUUCUGUGAAAGUGUACUUAAACUUGUUUCUACACUAAACUUCUAGAACACAAGAAACCGCGCCCGGCCAAUAAAUGCAAAAUCUUACUCUACAAACUACAUUAUAUUUCUAAUUGAAUAAACCGGAGCAAGAUACCGGACUAUUUCAACGCGGAUGCCCCAAUUGUGGCUUUAUAUUUUGUUCUAAAUGUUUAGAACAUAAAAUAUUUGUGCAAAAACUGAAUGAAGAG